UGAUGUGGAAAAAUGGAAAUUCAUGAUGAAGACUGCUCAAGGCGGUGGUCAUCGGACCCUCCUCUAUGGACACGCCAUCUUGCUGCGCCAUUCCUACAGCAGCAUGUACCUGUGCUGCCUGUCCACCUCCCAGUCUUCCACCGAUAAGCUGGCUUUUGAUGUUGGCUUGCAAGAGGACACCACAGGCGAGGCUUGUUGGUGGACCAUACACCCUGCCUCUAAACAGCGGUCAGAAGGAGAGAAAGUCCGGGUUGGAGAUGACCUCAUCUUAGUGAGCGUGUCCUCUGAAAGGUACUUGCACUUGUCUUACGGCAACGGCAGCUUGCAUGUGGAUGCCGCUUUCCAGCAGACUCUCUGGAGCGUGGCCCCCAUCAGCUCAGGAAGCGAAGCUGCCCAAGGGUAUCUGAUUGGUGGUGACGUCCUCAGAUUGCUGCAUGGACACAUGGACGAAUGCCUCACUGUCCCUUCAGGAGAGCACGGGGAAGAGCAAAGGAGAACUGUUCAUUACGAAGGUGGUGCUGUAGCUGUUCACGCACGUUCUCUGUGGAGACUAGAGACGCUAAGAGUUGCUUGGAGCGGAAGCCACAUAAGAUGGGGCCAGCCUUUCCGACUACGCCACGUCACAACAGGAAAAUACUUGAGUCUCAUGGAAGACAAAAACCUUCUUCUCAUGGACAAGGAAAAAGCUGAUGUAAAAUCAACAGCAUUUACCUUCCGAUCUUCCAAGGAAAAAUUGGAUGCCGGGGUGAGAAAAGAAGUCGACGGCAUGGGGACCUCUGAGAUAAAGUACGGGGACUCAGUAUGCUACAUACAACACGUGAACACGGGGCUGUGGCUGACUUAUCAGUCUGUGGACGUGAAAUCUGUGAGAAUGGGAGCCAUACAGCGUAAGGCUAUUAUGCAUCAUGAAGGUCACAUGGAUGAUGGCAUAAAUUUAUCCAGAUCUCAGCAUGAAGAAUCGCGGACGGCACGAGUUAUCAGGAGCACAGUCUUCCUUUUCAAUAGAUUUAUAAGGGGCCUUGAUGCUCUGAGCAAAAAAGCAAAGGUUCCUGCAGUGGACUUGCCCAUCGAAUCCGUCAGCCUAAGCCUGCAGGACCUGAUAGGCUACCUCCACCCGCCAGGGGAGCACCUGGAGCACGAAGACAAGCAGAACAGAUUGAGGGCUCUGAAGAACCGGCAGAAUCUCUUCCAGGAAGAGGGGAUGAUCAGCCUCGUGCUCGAGUGCAUUGACAGGCUGCACGUGUACAGCAGCGCCGCCCACUUCGCGGACGUCGCCGGGAGAGAAGCUGGGGAUGCCUGGAAAUCCAUCCUCAAUUCUCUGUAUGAGUUGCUGGCGGCUCUAAUUAGAGGAAAUCGUAAAAACUGUGCUCAAUUUUCUGGCUCCCUCGACUGGUUGAUCAGCCGAUUGGAAAGACUGGAAGCUUCUUCUGGUAUUCUUGAAGUUUUGCACUGUGUGUUAGUAGAAAGUCCAGAAGCUCUAAAUAUUAUUAAAGAAGGCCAUAUUAAAUCCAUUAUUUCACUGUUAGACAAGCAUGGAAGAAACCACAAGGUUCUGGACGUCUUAUGCUCUCUCUGCGUUUGCCAUGGAGUAGCAGUCCGUUCCAACCAGCAUCUCAUCUGUGACAAUCUGCUGCCGGGAAGGGACCUGUUACUGCAGACACGCCUUGUGAACCACGUCAGCAGCAUGAGACCCAAUAUUUUUCUGGGUGUCAGUGAAGGGUCUGCUCAGUAUAAGAAAUGGUACUAUGAGCUGAUGGUGGACCACACGGAGCCAUUCGUGACAGCUGAGGCGACUCACCUGCGUGUGGGCUGGGCGUCCACGGAAGGGUACUCCCCCUACCCCGGCGGGGGUGAGGAGUGGGGCGGGAACGGCGUGGGAGACGACCUCUUUUCCUAUGGAUUUGAUGGCCUGCACCUCUGGGCAGGUUGUAUUGCUAGGACUGUGAGCUCGCCAAACCAACAUCUGCUGAGAACUGAUGACGUCAUCAGUUGCUGUUUAGAUCUAAGUGCCCCAAGCAUCUCAUUCCGAAUUAAUGGACAACCUGUUCAAGGAAUGUUUGAGAAUUUCAACAUUGAUGGCCUCUUCUUUCCAGUUGUUAGUUUCUCUGCAGGAAUAAAGGUACGCUUUCUGCUUGGGGGGCGACAUGGAGAGUUUAAAUUCCUUCCACCACCUGGCUAUGCUCCUUGUUAUGAAGCUGUUCUGCCAAAAGAAAAGUUGAAAGUAGAACACAGCCGAGAGUACAAGCAAGAAAGAACGUACACCCGGGACCUGCUGGGCCCCACAGUGUCCCUGACACAAGCCGCCUUCACACCUAUCCCUGUGGACACCAGCCAGAUCGUGUUGCCUCCCCACCUGGAGAGGAUAAGAGAAAAACUGGCAGAGAAUAUCCAUGAGCUCUGGGUUAUGAAUAAAAUUGAACUUGGCUGGCAGUAUGGCCCGGUUAGAGAUGACAAUAAGAGGCAGCACCCGUGUCUGGUGGAGUUCUCCAAGCUGCCUGAGCAGGAACGCAAUUACAAUUUACAGAUGUCGCUCGAGACCCUGAAGACUUUGCUGGCGUUAGGAUGUCACGUGGGCAUAUCAGAUGAACAUGCUGAAGAAAAGGUGAAAAAGAUGAAGCUACCCAAGAAUUACCAGCUGACAAGUGGAUACAAGCCUGCCCCGAUGGACCUCAGCUUUAUCAAACUCACCCCGUCUCAGGAAGCCAUGGUGGACAAGUUGGCAGAAAACGCCCAUAAUGUGUGGGCGCGGGAUCGAAUCCGGCAGGGCUGGACCUAUGGCAUCCAGCAGAUGAGAAUAGAAAGUAUCAUGAGCAUCAUCACUGGAGGUUUAAUUACUAAAGAUAUGUGGUAUCCACCGCCCACCUUCCAUACCCAGUCCGAUGAUCACCAGAGUCUCCUUCAAUCCACAGCUGCGCGAGCGGACAUGUGCAGCGGAACCGGGGAGAGAUUCCGCAUCUUCCGGGCUGAGAAGACCUAUGCUGUGAGGGCAGGAAGGUGGUAUUUUGAGUUCGAGGCCGUCACUGCAGGAGACAUGAGAGUUGGCUGGAGCAGGCCAGGCUGUCAACCCGAUCAGGAGCUAUCAUUUAAGGUAACUGGAAUAGAAGAUCGAGAACACAAAGGGCAGAAAGGGAGGACCAAAAUUUUAUGUGUGCUGGGAUGUGUGCGAUUCAUACCUGUCUGCAGCCUUGGGGUGGCUCAAGUGGGCAGGCUGAACUUCGGAAAGGAUGUGAGCACCUUGAAAUAUUUCACCAUCUGUGGCUUACAGGAGGGCUAUGAACCAUUCGCUGUCAAUACAAACAGGGACAUUACCAUGUGGCUAAGCAAGCGGCUUCCUCAGUUUCUCCAAGUUCCAUCCAACCAUGAACAUAUUGAGGUGACCAGAAUCGAUGGCACCGUAGACACAUGCCCGUGUUUGAAGGUCACUCAGAAGUCCUUUGGGUCUCAGAACAGCAGCACAGAUAUAAUGUUCUACCGCCUGAGCAUGCCGAUCGAGUGUGCAGAGGUCUUCUCCAAGACGGCGGCCGGAGGGCUGCCCGCCGCCAGCCUCUUCGGGCCCAAGAACGACUUGGAGGAUUACGAAGCAGAUUCGGACUUUGAGGUUCUGAUGAAGACAGCUCAUGGCCACCUGGUGUCUGAUCGACCAGACAAAGACAAAGAAGCUAUGAAACCAGAGUUUAAUAAUCAUAAAGAUUAUGCUCAGGAAAAGCCCUCUCGUCUGAAGCAAAGAUUUUUGCUUAGAAGAACAAAGCCAGAUUACAGCGCGAGCCAUUCUGCAAGACUCACUGAAGACGUCCUUGCAGAUGACCGGGAUGACUACGACUACCUGAUGCAAACGUCCACGUACUAUUACUCAGUGAGAAUCUUUCCUGGACAAGAACCUGCUAACGUCUGGGUGGGCUGGAUCACCUCCGACUUCCACCAAUAUGACACAGGCUUUGACCUGGACAGAGUUCGUACAGUCACCGUCACUCUAGGAGAUGAAAAAGGAAAAGUGCAUGAAAGCAUCAAACGCAGCAACUGCUAUAUGGUGUGUGCGGGUGAGAGCAUGAGCCCUGGGCAAGGACGCAACAACAACGGGCUGGAGAUCGGCUGUGUGGUGGAUGCCGCCGGUGGGCUGCUCACGUUCACGGCCAACGGAAAGGAGCUUAGCACUUACUAUCAGGUGGAGCCAAGUACCAAAUUAUUUCCUGCAGUUUUUGCACAAGCUACGAGUCCCAAUGUUUUUCAGUUUGAGUUGGGAAGAAUAAAGAACGUGAUGCCUCUUUCGGCGGGAUUAUUCAAGAGCGAGCACAGAAACCCAGUGCCUCAGUGCCCUCCGCGUCUCCACGUGCAGUUCCUGUCACACGUGCUGUGGAGCAGGAUGCCCAACCAGUUCCUGAAGGUGGACGUGUCCCGGGUCAGCGAGCGCCAGGGCUGGCUGGUGCAGUGCGUGGAGCCCCUGCAGUUCAUGUCGCUGCACAUCCCGGAGGAGAACAGGUCUGUGGACAUCCUGGAGCUGACGGAGCAGGAGGAGCUGCUGCAGUUCCACUACCACACCCUCCGGCUGUACUCCGCAGUGUGCGCCCUGGGCAACCACCGUGUGGCGCAUGCGCUGUGCAGCCACGUGGAUGAGCCGCAGCUGCUCUACGCCAUCCAGAGCAAGUACAUGCCGGGCCUGCUGCGCACCGGCUACUACGACCUGCUUAUAGACAUUCACCUGAGCGCCUACGCCACCGCCCGGCUCAUGAUGAACAGCGAGUUCAUCGUGCCCAUGACCGAGGAGACCAAGAGCAUCACGCUCUUCCCGGAUGAGCACAAGGAGCACGGGCUCCCGGGCAUCGGCCUCAGCACCUCGCUGCGGCCGCGCAUGCGCUUCUCCUCCCCCAGCUUUGUGCGCGUCAAUCACGACUGCUACCAGGACAGCCCCGAAUUCCCGCUGGACACGCUCAAGGCCAAGACCAUGCAGAUGCUGAACGAGGCUGUGCGGGAGGGUGGCCUGCGCGCGCGGGACCCUGUCGGGGGCACCACCGAGUUCCUCUUUGUGCCACUCAUCAAGCUCUUUUACACGCUGCUCAUCAUGGGCGUCUUCCAUGGCGAGGACCUAAAGCACAUCCUGCAGCUGAUCGAGCCCCGGGUGUUCACCGAGGCCGUCCCGGAGGAGGAGCGCCAGGCGCCGCCCAGGGAGCCCCGCGCAGACGACGCCAGGCCCGAGGGCGCACGCGGGGAUGCAGCGGAGGGGCUGCUGCAGAUGAAGCUGCCGGAGCCGGUGAAGCUGCAGAUGUGCCUGCUGCUUCAGUACCUCUGUGACUGCCAGGUCCGGCACCGGAUAGAAGCCAUCGUGGCCUUUUCAGAUGACUUUGUAGCGAAGCUCCAAGACAAUCAACGCUUCCGAUACAACGAAGUUAUGCAAGCCUUAAACAUGUCAGCUGCACUCACAGCCAGGAAAACAAAGGAAUUUAGGUCACCACCUCAAGAGCAGAUCAAUAUGCUCCUCAAUUUCAAGGAUGACAAAAGCGAAUGUCCAUGUCCUGAAGAAAUCCGAGACCAACUCUUGGAUUUUCAUGAAGACCUGAUGGCACAUUGUGGAAUUGAACUGGAUGAAGAUGGUUCUCUGGAUGGAAACAGUGACUUAACAAUUAGAGGACGUCUGCUGUCCCUGGUAGAAAAGGUGACAUACCUGAAGAAGAAACAAACUGAAAAGCCAGUUGAGAGUGACGCCAAGAAGUCCUCCACUCUUCAGCAGCUGAUUUCUGACACGAUGGUUCGAUGGGCUCAAGAGUCUGUCAUCGAAGACCCUGAGUUGGUGAGGGCCAUGUUUGUGUUGCUCCAUCGACAGUAUGAUGGCAUUGGGGGUCUGGUUCGGGCUCUGCCGAAGACCUACACUAUAAACAGCGUUUCUGUGGAGGACACCAUCAAUCUGCUGGCAUCUCUGGGUCAGAUUCGUUCUCUGCUGAGUGUGAGGAUGGGCAAAGAGGAAGAGAAGCUUAUGAUUCGUGGAUUAGGGGAUAUCAUGAAUAACAAAGUGUUUUACCAGCAUCCAAAUCUCAUGAGGGCCCUGGGGAUGCACGAGACAGUGAUGGAGGUCAUGGUGAAUGUCCUCGGAGGCGGGGAGUCCAAGGUAGUUCGAUACUUGGCUGGCUGUGGACUGCAGAGUUGCCAGAUGCUGGUGUCUAAGGGGUAUCCAGACAUUGGGUGGAACCCAGUUGAAGGGGAGAGAUAUCUUGAUUUCCUCAGAUUUGCUGUCUUCUGUAAUGGGGAGAGUGUGGAGGAGAAUGCAAAUGUGGUGGUGAGACUGCUCAUCCGGCGGCCUGAGUGUUUCGGUCCUGCGCUGCGAGGGGAAGGCGGGAACGGUCUCCUCGCAGCCAUGGAGGAAGCCAUCAAAAUAGCUGAGGAUCCUUCUCGAGACGGUCCCUCACCAACCAGUGAAUCCGCUAAAACCCCUGACCUAGAAGAGGAGGAAGAUGACACCAUCCACAUGGGGAACGCCAUCAUGACCUUCUAUGCGGCUCUGAUUGACCUGUUGGGACGCUGUGCGCCUGAAAUGCAUUUGAUCCAUGCUGGUAAGGGAGAAGCCAUCAGGAUCAGAUCUAUUUUGAGAUCCCUCAUUCCACUGGGAGACUUGGUGGGCGUGAUCAGCAUUGCUUUCCAGAUGCCAACGAUAGCCAAAGAUGGAAGUGUGCUGGAGCCUGACAUGUCUGCGGGGUUUUGCCCAGAUCACAAGGCAGCCAUGGUUUUGUUCCUUGACAGGGUCUAUGGAAUUGAGGUUCAAGAUUUCCUCCUCCAUCUUCUAGAGGUUGGCUUUCUGCCAGAUCUCCGGGCUGCUGCUUCUUUAGAUACGGCUGCUUUGAGCGCUACGGACAUGGCCUUGGCCCUCAAUCGGUACCUCUGCACAGCUGUGUUACCUUUGUUAACAAGAUGUGCUCCCCUUUUUGCGGGCACAGAGCACCAUGCUUCCCUCAUUGACUCCUUACUUCAUACCGUGUACAGACUUUCUAAGGGCUGCUCACUGACCAAAGCUCAGCGGGAUUCCAUAGAAGUAUGUUUGCUCUCCAUUUGUGGCCAAUUGAGACCUUCUAUGAUGCAACACUUACUCAGAAGAUUAGUCUUUGAUGUCCCGUUGUUAAAUGAACAUGCGAAGAUGCCUCUUAAGGUAAGUAUAAGAAACACUCGUAGUUAUUUGACUACUGGCUCCUCUGACUUUGUUUCCUGUUACAACAUGCACAUCUCUGAGAUACAUCAUGUUUGAUUUUUGAUGC